UAUGAAUGAAGGGCCGAGAAAGCGAAGCAAAGAGAAAAAAACCCUGAUUACCAGCCAUCGAGGUGAGUGAGAUCUGCGAGAGAAGAGAAACAAAGGCUCGAGCCCCAAACGAAUAGUGUUCCAUUUCCCCCUGAGAUAUUACAUAUAAAAUCCCAUUUCUACCCAUCCAUUUGGCGGAAGUAACAAAAAAGGUUUAUCUUUAUCAUGAGGAUCCGCAAGAACGCCAAGCUUUCCCCUCUUCUCUUCUCGUCGUCUUCGUGUCUCCAAGGUGGUUCGGUUCCGCUGGAGACCCACGUGUGCCAGUUGAACCAGUCCCCGUGGGAUGUGAUCCCCUUUGACUCUGACUCCAUCCAGUUCCAGCUCGACCACAGCUUCGCCGCUGGAAACAACAAUGGCAGCGCCGAAAAUUCCUUCGGCGCCGUCGAGAGCGUCGCGUCGAUGAUGGAUGCAGAUAAAACUUCUUACCACUCGACUCUAGUGGUUGAUGUGGCGCCGAUAAAUAUCGACGCUACAACAAACAUGACCAAUCCUUGUCAGUUUAAUGAUAAGGGUUGGCCAUGUAAGAAUGAAGUCAGACAAGGGCAAUCAUUCUGCGAGCAACAUUUAUCUUAUUCUCUGCUCACUCCCCACCACCACACCAGCAAGAAACCACAAGCGCAAGCUCAACCAUCCGCCCCUGGAACUCGCCGUGGCAAGCCUCGGGGAGCGGCGGGGAAGAAGGCGGCUGCGGGGGCGGGGGCAAGUUCGAACCCGUAUGAAUUCUACUACUACUCCGGGUUCGGGCCCCUGUGGGGCAAACGAAGAGGAGAUAGAAAUGGAGGAGAAGGGAGCAAGAAUAGUAGUGUUGGGGUCGAGAAUUCGACAAUGGUGGAGUCCAAGAAUGGAGUGGGUGGUGCUGACGAUGGUAUUAAUGAUAAUGUGGCGAGCGUUGAGGUUGGUCCUUCGGUUUCGGAGAUGGAGCAUGAGGGGAUUAUCGACUAUGUGGAUGAUGACGAAGAAGAAGAAGGAGAAGAAGAGGGUGUCGACGAUAGCGGGAAGAAGCGAAUGAGGAAGCCCGUGAAAGCAAGGUCGCUGAAAUCGCUGAUGUGAAGAAAUGAAGAAAGAAAGAAAGAAAAAAUAGUGGGUAACGAGAUAUAGUAAGAUCGAGGGUUGGGGUUCAAUGUCUUUUGUUAUAUUAUUAUUAUUAUUAUCGUAAUUUGUUGUUCUUGUCUUUUUAUUAUUUUUAUUUUUCGGAGUUGUGUUGGGGGUGGGAUAUUUAGGGUUAUGAAAAUAAUGAUGUAAUUUUGGUUUCACAUGACGAAGUGUUAGUUCGCGGGUGAGGUUAGUCUUGCCAACGUGACUGUAGGGGUUUUAUUCUAGCGGAAAGGAGGUGGACCGUAAAAUUUCUGUGUUUGAAAAGGAAAGGGUGUAAUGGUAAAUUGAACAUGUGGAUUUUAGAGUAGUUUUUUUUAUUUUUCUCAA